GUCAGCACCGAAGCAGCCUCCUGGCUGACGAGCUUUCCCUCCUCAUUUCAUUGCUGCACGCCCCGGGGUCUGGUCCCGACGAUUAAGCCGCAAAAGCUUCUUUCCAUCACCGCCUUCGCUCCCGUCCUCGACUCCUCCUCUCUCCACCCUCCCUCGGACCCCCUUCGCCCUUUACAAUGCAUUCAGACGUCCGGAGAAGUGCGCUCCUCUGCUCAUUCUUGGCUCUGACACAAGCCUUCUACAUACCGGGGUUCUCCAUCAAGAGCUACCGCGAAGGCGAGACGAUCCCUCUUUUCUGGAACAAGGUCUACUCAGACAACACCGAACUACAAUAUGCCUACUCAGAGCUGCCCUUCGUCUGUCCGCCGACCGGACGGACGCACACUGGGUCUGGUCUCAUCAGCGGCGCGACCCUUUCCCUGAAUCUGGGAGAGGUGCUUCGCGGCGAUCGAAUCAUGGUGUCCGACUACGAGCUCAUUAUGGGUAAUGACGAGGAAGCCCGAUACCUCUGUAGUCACGAAAUCGACAGAAACGGGCUAAAGAGGGCCAAGCAGGUCAUACGAGACGGCUACGUAGCAGAAUGGAUUGUGGACAACCUCCCCGGCGCAACCAGCUUCGUCACCACGGAUAAGUCGCGCAAAUACUAUGCGGCCGGUUUCAAGCUCGGCGAGGAGUACUACUCUUCACCUGACGCAGAGCCGCAGUACUUCAUCAAUAACCACGUAACACUAGUUAUUCGAUACCAUCGAGCCCCUGGACGGGACGGGGAUCAAGGCAAGAAAGUCAUUGUUGGUUUUGAGGUUUUCCCAAAGAGUAUUGAGGCCGGCAACCGAAAUGACACUGGACUUCCUGCGGAUAUUCACGACCCGCAAUAUGGAAUGGAGCUCACCAUCUCUCCGAAUUCGACCUCUGUUGACGGCGACGUCACCGUGGAAGAAAAUACCGACGAUGGUGCCACCUUGACUAUUCCAUAUACAUACUCGGUAUACUACAGGGAAGAGGAGCACCUCGAAUGGCAAAAUCGGUGGGACAUGUAUUUCGUCGCUCAGGAUGAAAGCUCCAACAUCCAUUGGCUCGCCAUUAUUAAUUCCCUCGUCAUAUGCGGACUUCUUACCACUGUUGUCGCCGUAAUAGUAGCUCGCACCGUCCGUGGAGAUAUCAAGGGAUAUACCAAGGAUGGACUGGAAGACGGCAAAGCUAGGGUUAAGAGAACGAAGGGUACGAGAUCGCCAAGGAAGAGCAACGAAAAGAAUGGAGCUCUCCUCGACCAAUUAGCAGAUGCAGAGGGAGACGCUGAUAUAUCUUCGGACGAAGAGUCUUUGAUGGAAGAUACAACAGGCUGGAAGUUGGUCCAUGGUGAUGUCUUCAGACCACCACCAUAUGGUGGUCUUCUCGCUCCUCUCGUCGGCUCUGGCAUGCAGCUCGUAUUUAUGGCAGCUGGUCUCUUGAUCCUCAGCUGCUUUGGAAUCCUUAACCCCAGCUUCCGCGGCGGUUACGUGAGCGUUGGAAUGGGCCUAUUCGUCCUGGCCGGUCUGUUCUCGGGCUAUUUCUCGUCUAGAGUGUACAAGACAUUUGGUGGUCAACUUUGGCAGAAGAACGUCUUAGUGACUGGAACGCUGAUUCCUGGUCUUCUCUUCGCCACGGUUUUCAUCUUGAACCUCUUUGUCUGGGCUCAAGCUUCUAGCACUGCGAUUCCCUUCGGCACUCUCGUCGGCCUUGUCGCCCUAUGGCUCCUGAUCCAGAUGCCCCUCGUCUACGUGGGUGGUUGGUACGGCUUCGUUGUCGUAGGAAAUUGGACCCAUCCCAUUAAAGCGAACGUGAUCCCUCGACAAAUCCCUGUCCAGUCAUGGUACACGAAGAGCGUCCAGGCGCUUCUUCUUGCAGGCUUCAUCCCUUUCGCCGUCAUCUUCAUCGAGCUGAUGUUUGUUUUCAAGAGUCUUUGGCAAGAUAAGAGCGGGUACUACUACGUCUUUGGAUUUUUGGGUGUUGUAAGCGCUAUUUUGAUCAUCACGGUAAUUGAGGUCACGAUCGUGGCUACAUAUGUACAGCUUUGCUCAGAGAACUACCACUGGUGGUGGCAAUCCUUCCUCGUUGGUGGCAGCUCCAGUAUCUGGAUCUUCGGCUACCUCACCUGGUACUACUUCACCAAGUUGCACAUCUCAGGCUUCGUAUCCAGCCUGCUUUUCUUCUGCUACGGCUUCCUAGCAUGUCUAGUCUAUGGUCUGCUCACGGGCACGAUCGGGUUUUUGUCGGCGUAUGCGUUUGUGAGGAGGAUCUACGGCGCUAUCAAAGCGGACUAGAGCACACUGUCCGUCCUAUAAUGAGACUCGUUCCUUCGCAUUUGCUGGAUUUUGAACAGUAUACAGACAAAACUCGAAGCUUUCUUCUCAAUCGAAUAUUCAACCACGCGC